CCUGGACACCCGCAUAGACCAAUCGUAUGCAACAAAUUGCUCUUACCCUCUUUUGGGUUACAAUCUGUUCGCAUUCGCGGUUAUCGCAUCGAAGAUUUUUUUAGAAUCGAGAAACUUUGAAGGCAUGGCUGAGAUAGUGGUACAUUCCGAUUGUUGGUGUUUCUGCACCACAUAUCAGUGCUAACGCUGGUAGAUAGUAGGUUGCUAGAUCUGAUCCCGAAUUCUGACAGUACAAGUGCAUUUAGUUGGACCGGAUCGCAAUGCCUCAAGUACUGCUUGGUUAUGAUAUCAUGCAAGGCACGAGGAAGAACUCCGGAGUUAGACAAGUCCGACAUUCAAGUUGUGUGUCUUUGUACUAUCUCCACGUGCAAGCAGACCUUCGUGUCGGCAGAGUUGUAUGCGGUGCAGCAGGUCUCAAUCUCCAGCCCCGCCUUAUGCGCCUGCUUCGAGCUCUUCUCACCUCGACCAGAUCCCUGCGACAACUUCCCUUGACGACCUCCCCCGGGAACAUCUCCGCAUUCACCCCACUUACCCGAUCAACCCCGUUUCAAUCCGCGAUCCAGCCCACUUUCAUCAGACGCACAAUGGCCUCCGCAAUGGCAAAGCGCCUCGAGGGCAAGACCAUCGUGGUCACUGGUGCCUCGUCCGGUAUCGGCCGCAGCACGGCCAAGGAGUUUGCUCGCACCGCGCCCAAGGACCUGAAGCUGAUCGUGACGGCCCGUCGCAUCGACUCCUUGAAGCAGCUCGCCCAGGAGAUCAAGGAGGAGGUCGGUGAGGGUGUCAAGGUCCUCCCCGUGCAGUUGGAUGUUAGCAAUCCCGAAGAGAUCAAGAAUUUCGUGCCGUCUUUGCCUGCUGAGUUCCAGGAGAUCGAUGUGCUUGUGAACAAUGCCGGCCUUGUCAAGGGUGUCGCCAAGGCCCCCGAGAUCGACGCCCAGGAUGUCGACGUCAUGUUCUCGACCAACGUAACCGGAUUGAUCAACAUGACCCAGGCCAUUCUCCCCAUUUUCCAGAAGAGAUCCGACGGCGGUCGCGGUGAUAUCAUCAACAUUGGUAGCAUUGCCGGCCGCGAACCGUAUCCCGGUGGAAGCAUCUACUGUGCCACGAAGGCGGCCGUCCGGUCCUUCACCGACGCAUUGCGAAAGGAGCUGAUUGCGACGAGAAUCCGCAUCAUCGAGAUCGACCCCGGUCAGGUGGAAACCGAGUUCUCCGUGGUGCGAUUCUACGGUGACAAGGAGAAGGCCGAUGCAGUCUACGCUGGCUGUGAACCCCUUACCCCCGAUGAUAUCGCUGAAGUUGUUGUGUUUGCCGCUGGUCGGCGCGAGAACGUUGUGAUCGCGGAUACGCUGAUCUUCCCCAGCCACCAGGCUUCUCCGGGUAUCAUGCACCGCAAGGCUUAGUGAUAUGCAUGAUGGAUAGAAUAGAAGUAUAUAAAGACAGGGUACCUGCCACAGUCUCGACACGAUAAAUAACGGCUAUUUGAUCUACAAUCACCAUGAACCGUCCUCCAGCUUAGCUAAGAAGUACUAGUUAGGUAGUCUAUGUGCUGUGUAUCGACCUUGUUCUGGGUGUAUGAAUUUGCCUGUUGACCGGUCAUUCUCCGCAUCCACAUAAUCCCCCAAAGCAGGGCUGAGGUCCAGUGGUAGACUACUCCCUAGAUUUGUUAGGCC